AUGAGUGACCCUAACGCCGACAAUACGGGGAUCGACCCGGACUUCGAUGCUCGCUUUUCUGACCUCGCCAUGUCCACCGAUGCAAACGCCGAUCCGCCGCCGUUUUGGCCCGAUCAAGACGCCUCGCUCUCCGCCCAGCCCGCUACAGCUGGUUUUGGGACCGCACAGCCGCCGGACUUUACUGACCCUCUUGUGGAUCAGACAAACGCCCACCAACAACCCGUCGACUACGCCCAAUACCCCGAUGAUACCACAAGCCAGCCGUACUGGCUCCCAGACAGCGGCCCUGCUCAGGCGGGGCCAUCUUCUGGUGCUGUUGCCGCCGACAAGCCCUUCGUGUGCGGUGUGGAAGGUUGCACAAAGUCGUAUGACCGGCAGUGCGACCUAGAUAAGCAUGUCAACAACCAUACCAAACGUCGACGGUGCGACAUCUGCGGCGUGGGCGGGGCCGAGAACAAGGACCUGAACCGACACAUGUGGACCCAUCAUUCCGACGAAGCUAGGAGGCGUGGGCUGCCUAAAGAGGAGGACUGGUGCUCGUGCGGAUAUUCGGGGAGGAAGGACAACGUCAAGCGCCACAAGGAUACCCUCGGGCACAUCUAG